CGAUAUCCUUGUCUUUCUACAGGUCUCGUUGGUAUUUGCUCAAGCCUUUUCUGCAUCGAUAUCUCCCGCUCACAAUGUCCUCCCCCACUGUCUACGCAAUCACUGGUGCCAACAAAGGCAUCGGUCGCGCCAUAGUCGCACUGCUCCUCAACCGUCCCUCGACCAUCAUCCUCGCCCUGGUCCGCAACCCGACCGACCCUACCUCCAGCAGCCUGACGACGCUGGCCAAAUCGCCCAGCAGCACCCUCCACGUCGUUCCCUUUGACGCCGAAGGGGACGCCAUCCCCCUCCCCUCGGGAGUCACCCAAAUCGACGUGGUGGUGGCCAACGCCGGCGCCUCGUCCGGCUACAAGCCGGUCCUCGAAACCAGCCCAGAGGACCUCGUCUUCGACUUCACCGUCAACGCCGUCGGGCCCCUGAGGCUCUUCAAGGCUGCCUGGCCGCUGCUGCAAAAGGCGGCCUCGCCUAGGUUCGUCCUCAUGACGAGCUCCGUCGGCAGCAUCGCAGGCCAGCAGCAGGAGAGCUUCCCCAGCACUGCGUACGGCAUGUCCAAGGCCGCCGCCAACUGGCUGGUCGUCAAGAUUGGAGUUGAGCAUGGCCCGGAAGGGUUGAGCGUAAUGGCAUUGCAUCCUGGUUGGGUCAAAACUCAGAUGGGUCAAGGCAUCGCCGACUCGAUUGGCUUUGCAGAGCCCCCUACGACCACCGAGGACAGCGCUCGCGCCUGCGUCGAGCAGAUGGACAAGCUGGAAAAGGCGAACUCGGGAAGGUAUGUGACGUACACUGGCGAGGUUCUGCCUUGGUGAAACGUGGCAGUUAGACUGGCAACCAUCGUGGCCAGGUAUAUAUGAUGAACAGACAGACCUCUGGAGGUAUGGCGUCUUGAUUCGUUGAAUAUUAUUCACUCUUGAACAUCUGCAGCCUUCUGCUCAACAACAGCACAAGUAUUGGCUAAGCUACCCUCAAUAUCACUUAUUCAGUCAUAACCUGGCGAUUCUUUGGAUAGCAGAAUCUUUGCCAUCAAUCUAUAAUUUCAUGAAGGGGCUUGUUUCUCACGAAUACUAGCAAAUGGCUG